CAAGCCGACAACAAAGACGCACCCUUCUUGUCCACUUGACCGCUACAAGAUCACCGUGUGCUUACAAAAGUCGCCAUCUCUACUAGUCGAACGCUCUCAAUAAUCAGUCCGGCACCAUGGCAAGCGAGAAGUCAGAUACGCAUAAGCAAGAAGCUCAGAUCAAGUCGGCAGACAUGAGCGAGGAGAUGCAAAAUGAAGCCAUCGAAGUUGCACAGCAGGCGAUGGAACAGUUCACCAUCGAGAAGGACAUUGCUCAAUUCAUCAAGAAAGAGUUCGACAGCCGGAAGGGCGCCACAUGGCACUGCAUCGUGGGUAGAAACUUUGGAAGCUUCGUCACUCAUGAGACCAAGCACUUCAUCUACUUCUAUCUCGGCCACUGCGCCAUCCUGCUCUUCAAGACGCAGUAGGCGGAUGUGACUGGAUGGAGGUACCCUCAGCCUCCUAGACUUUGUUUGCGUUUCUUUUCAAAGCAAUGCCUGAACGUUCGAACCGCGGUUCUCAUGUCAGCAUAGGUUUUAGAGAGGCUUAUCUUUCAACAUGCAAUGUUGCCAGUCCGGCUGCUCUCGAUCUCGCUACAUGCUCGAUUUCGUUGAUUUCGCAGAGGAGUCGGGGUACCUGUAGUUUUACUCAUGAUGAGGCUGCGAGGUCUUGAUCAUAACGACUGUUACGAGUCUCCUUUCCACAAAACUGGCUUUGGAGGCUAUUCGAUAUACCAUAAUGAAGCGUUUGUGCUACUACUCGAUCACCGCGACACGUUGACAUCACUCCUAU